AUGGCUACGGAACAAAAGCGCUAUGCAAGUGACACUCGUAAGCAGAAUACAAAAAGAUCCAUUCCUCCUGGCCUUUCGAAAGAAACAUUUGAAUUGUCGACAUUCGAAAAACUGAUGUUAUAUUUAACGAAAUCACAUCCUGAAUAUACAAAAUCGAAUUUUACUGAAGCUUUAUACGCCUAUCGUCAAGAACAGCAAACAUUGGCCGGAUUAAGUUUAUCACAAAUCGAAGACGGUGUACUAAAUAUUGUUCGAAGCAAAUAUCCGUCCGAGCAGAACGAUGUUGACACCACUCUAAAUCAACAUUCGUUCGAAGAUAACACCGAACAGUCAGUGGCGGCCACACUUUGGAGUACAUUUAAACGGUAUCGAGAACAAACAGCGAAGAAAUCCUUGCGAAAAGAUGAGUCAUCAAAGACCGAAGAUCAAUGUUUGAUUUGUUUGGAGAAUUUAAGUUUGAAAAACACGGAAACAUUUCCUUGCAAUCACACGUUUCAUCGUGAAUGCUUGGAGGAAUGGUUUAAGAUUGAACGGACAUGUCCUCUAUGUCGAAAACUGUUACUUUUUAGUGAUGAAUUUCCUACUUUGAAGUAA